CAGGAAGUGGCGGGAGGUUGAGCGGUGGGACUGGAGUAAUGCAACUUGGAAGAUGAGCCUGCCGUGUCUCCUCCACGCGGGAGGGAGGUGGAGAUGCUUUCCAGUCCUACUUCAGUCAUCCUUAUCUCAGGCCCUACAUAGUUUCUGCUAUCGGAAAAAAUCCACUCUACCUGAGCAAGUUAUUCCCAGUGUUGCUGCUUGUGAUGAAAAUGCAAAGCAGUUGGGAAAUACACUUGACACGCUCUUCUCUGCAGAACAGCAAGCUUCUAUCUUGCAUGUACUGAAUACAGCAUCUACUAAGGAACUUGAAGUUUUCAGAUUGCUUCGUGGAAGAAAGUCCAUCAAUAUUAUUGCACACAGAGAAAAGUUUGGGCCAUUUCAGAAUUUGGAGAGUUUGAUAAAUGUGCCCUUGAUCCAGUAUAAAACUGCUUUUCAAGUUUGUAACUCCAUUCUUUGUCCAGAGACCAGAAAGGAAAAAAGAAAUUUACAGGAAAAACGGCAACUUGGAAAACUCAUCAAACCAGAUGUAGAAACAGAGAGACUUAAGGCAGUUAAUAGUAUCGUAUCUAUUGUUUUUGGUACCCGAAGAAUUGCGUGGGCUCACCUUGAUCGUAAACUGGCAGUGCUGGACUGGCAGCAAAGUGACUGUUGGAAGUUGACAAAUAAAACAUACCCAUCAUCAUUCUAUUUAGAACAGAUAUCUUCAGUCAUUUCAAAGAUGCCUAAAGCAGAUUUCUACGUUCUAGAAAAAAUAGGCCUUUCCAUGCAGAACUCCUCUCUGUUUCCUGCACUGUUACAUUUUCAUAUCACGGAAGCUAUGCUGUACGCCCUAUUAAACAGAACUUUUGCCCAGGAUGGACAGCACUGUGUGCUGAGCAUGCACCGCAUUGAGGUGGGCAAGUACUUCCAACUGAUGAUUGGCUCCACGCGGACCAGUGGGAAGGAGCUGGUGAAGCAGUUCCUGUCCAACUCUGUGCUGAGCGAGGCGCCACGCGUGUUCUUCCCACCGGACAAAAUAGUGGGCUACAGAUACAUGUUAUCUUCGGGCACACACAGGCAGGAGGAAUUGUACGAUUCCUUACUACAAGCUGUGGCCUUCUUUGAGCUAGCAGUUUUUGACACUGAGCCUUAGACCUCUGAGGUGAUGCAGAUGCUGUUAUUAGCUUAAUUUAUCCUAAAGUCAUGAAACCAGCUGUACUAAGGAACUAUAUUAGUAGAGAAGAAAACAUUUUGUAUGUGUGUGUGGUUGGUGGCUUGAACUCAGGACCUCUUGCUAGGCAAGUGCUAUAUAACUGAACCAUGCCUCCAGCUCUUUUAAGUGCUUUUGUGUUAGUGUAUGUGCUGGAACUGGGGGUUGAACUCAGAGUCUAGGUGCUGUCCCUGAGCUCUUUGCUCAAGGCUAGCGUCCUAUC